CGUUCAGGCUCAGGAGCCCUAAGAGGCGGCACGACUUCGCGACAUCGCCUCCUAUCGCGUUCAACCCAUAUACCGCGCCGACAAAUCCGCAAGACGGCAUUUCUCCUCUACCUUAAUCAUCUGUUCACGACACUGGAGGCAUUCAAUCGCUAUCCCUGGUCGUUAUCUUCGUGAAGUCCCCAGCACGCCGAUCAAUUCACUACGGCAUCUCGAGAACUGCACAGGCUCCCCGAAGGAUCACCCCACUACUCUCCAAGGAAGCUUUAAUUCCCACCGUCAAAUCCAAGCGCUCUCGAAGAAAGACAUCGAAAUAUCUACUCAACUCAAUCUCAUCAUGUCGCUCGCCAUGGGUCGUGUGUUCAAGUCAUCGUACUCGGGUAUCUUUGCCACGCUUGCUAUACUACUGUCGCUUUCGCCAGUGAAAGUAGCCGCUAGUGGGGCGUAUUGUUCAAGUCAAAACACCGCUACUGGUGAUGCUUUUUUCUGGACAUUUCAAUCAAACGGCAAGUGUACCGACUACUGUAACGGUCUCGGCACGUAUGCCUUCGCUGUCAUCCAAUACACAAACUGCUGGUGCUCAAACUACAUUCCUUCGGACCAAGCAGACCUCAGCGGUUGUCAGGUUGAUUGCCCUGGUUUCCCGGACGACAAGUGCGGCAGCAAAGACGAUGAUCUUUAUAUUUACCUCAGUCUCGGCGCUAAGGCCUCCGGUACUGUAGGAGGCUCCAAGUCGACUUCUACUACUUCUACUACUACUUCUACUUCUACUACUUCUACUUCUUCUAGCGCCGCGACUAGUUCGGCACCUGCUCCAACUUCGACAAGAAUUGCGACUUCGGCUGCAGCGAUUACUCCUACACCGGCUCCGCCACGUGAGGUCUCCACAAGUCGUCGCAUGUCCGGUCCAGCAACAGUCAUCCAGACAGUUGUUGGAUCGGUGAUGACUACCACCGUGGCGCCUUCUCCAACUUCAACUUCUGCUAUUCCUAGCGCAAGGGCUUCGACAACCCUUCAAACAAUUCCCAGCAGCGUUGAUCACGAUCAGGAUCAGACGACCGUUCAAGUUGUUACCGAGAGUGGUUCUAUCGUUACCCGCACUGUUGUUUUGACACCAAGCAAUGCGUCGAGUUCGCAGACAAGUACCCGUAGCAAAUCGAAUACUGCCGCCAUUGUAGGGGGUGUGGUUGGUGGUGUUGCCGGAAUCGCACUCGUUAUUGGCGGAAUUCUGUUUUUCCUCUGGAGAAGGAGAAGGCAACAGUCAGAAGAACAGCAUUCACCUGCCAGCAUCACACGCAAUACCAGUACUAUGAGCAAGGCUGGCUUGCUUGGAGGCAAGACGGAGAAAGGCAUUCAGUACCCGCCGAAGAUCAGCACGAGAUUCGGUUCACAAAACAGUCGACAGGAUUGUGAAUCCAUCAGUCCAGGGUCAGGGCGUCGUUAUAGUCAACCGCUUGUGUUUGACUCGCGUCUCAACCCAACACAACUGAUGGUAUUUGACAAUUCAAGUCACGGUAGCAUUGACGACAGUCAUGACUAUGGGCGGCGAUUAGGCGUCGCCAAUCCCGAUCCGCCGAAUCGCGAUUCAAUAGACCGAUCAUGAUCUGCGAUACCAACCAUCUCAAGGAUUCGAUAUCGCUAAGCGCUAGCGGUAGCAGGUGGAUGGCCGCGGCGCUGUCACGACCUGACGAACUCGCCACCAAAGCUUUGGCUCACACCGCUCCUUACACCUGUACAGAAACAUACUAUGCUUAGCAUUGGCGAACGGC